AACCCAAGGGGAAAUCCCAGACAGCAUACUGCACCCGACACUGUGGUUCAGUUACACCAAACUGAGGUUCAACCACCCCAAACUGAGACCAUGACAAGCCCACCAUCUGAGACAAUGACAAGCCCACCAGUUGAGAGGCUGACAAGACCACCAGUUCAGUGGAUGACAACCCGGUCUGUUGAGAAGAUAAAUAAACUGCCGGUUAGGAGGUGCAGUCAACGAGGAGUGGGUCUACCACUGCUAGAGGAAGAGGAAGAGGAAGAGGGCAAAGUAGUGGGUCAACUGGGAGAGGUAGGAAUGCAGGGGACUUCAUAUGCACUCAAGAGAGUGAGGCUGGAAAUUAAG